CAGACACGCAGCGGUUUCGGCCGCAGAUUGCUCGCUCCCUCCAUCCGAACCCCCUGGCUCCGCCUGGGCCACAGCGCGGCGGCCCGAGGUCGCUCCCACGGCCGGCAACGACGCUCCAUCCCGGCCCCGUCCCUUCCUCGCCGUCGCACAACGCCCCGCGCCUUUCCGCUCCAGCUCCGCCUUUCCUCUCCGCUCUCCCAUGGCCGGGCCGCCGGCGCCCCCGGUCACGCAGCAGGUCGGGCGGGCGCGGGGCUGCGGGCGGCGGCCGGAGCAGGAGCAGCUGCGGGAGGCCGCCCGCUGCCUGGUGCUGGACGCGGACGGGAGGAGCGUCCCCUUCCCGGCCCUAACUUUUUGUGUUAUACCUGUAAGGAGUAUGUAGAAGAUCUGGCAAAAGUCCCCAAGGCAUUUUUACAAGAAUCAAAUGUGAGGCUUAUAGUUAUUGGACAGUCAUCAUAUCAUCACAUCAAGCCCUUCUGCAUUUUAACUGGGUAUACACAUGAAAUGUAUGUAGAUCCACAAAGGGAAAUUUAUAAAAUACUUGGGAUGAAAAGAGGUGAAGGUAAUAAAGCAUCAGUUCGGAGCCCUCAUGUGAAAUCAAACACUCUUCUGGGAAGUAUUAGCAGUAUAUGGAGAGCAAUGACUGGCCCAGCUUUUGAUUUUCAAGGAGACCCUGCUCAGCAGGGAGGAGCUUUGAUUAUAGGCCCAGGCAACGAAGUUCAUUUUUUGCACCUUGAUAAGAACAGGCUGGAUCAUGUUCCCAUUAAUACAGUCUUGCAGCUGGCAGGAGUUAAAACAGUGAAUUUCUCAAACAAACCCCAGAUUAUUGACAUAUGACACUGAAGUAAUGUAUACUUUUUCUUAAAUUUAUGCUCUACAAGAACAGUUCUCC